AUGAAUACGGUGCAGCGGAGUGUGCAUAAUCCAAUCCACGCUCUAGUGUUCUUCGGCUGGGUGCUAGCGGUACAGUUGACAGGCCUCGCGGCUUUCACCAAGGGAUUCUUCCUCACCCGCGUGGAGCUGGAACGUCAAUCGCAGUGUGAUCGCGUGGUGUGGGUGGUGGUAGACGCGCUGCGGUACGAUUUCGCCGCGUUUUCGCCGCCGGACGAUGCCGGGCAGGGGCUCCAGGACAAGCCCCACUCCGCGGGCGCCAGGCACUACCUCAACCACCUCCCGGUAAUCAACGAGGCCAUCGGCGGUGGCGCCGGCGGCGGCGGAAGCAACAGCAACAACAACAACAACAACGACUCGUCUUCUUCUGCUUUUGAGGGGUCCGGGGGCGUCCUGUUUCAGUUCGAGGCAGACCCCCCGACGGUCACAAUGCAGAGGCUGAAAGGCCUAACCACGGGAGGGCUACCUACCUUCAUAGAUUUCCGCGACAACUUCCACAGCGCCCAGAUAGCGGAGGACAACUGGGUCGCGCAGGUGCGGGAGAGGGCGGCAAGACGACGAGGGGCGAGCGGGGACGUCAACGCCGCCAGCAGCGGAGGCGGCGGGAGCCGGGACGGGGGCGGGGGCGAGCUCGUGUUCAUGGGGGACGAUACGUGGACGUCUUUGUACCCGACGUACUUCUCGCGCAGCUAUCCGUUCCCGUCGUUCAACACCAGAGACCUGCACACGGUAGACGACGGCGUGCUCUCCCAUCUGUCGACGGAGCUGGGCAAGCGCGACUGGGACGUCCUCGUGGCGCACUUCCUGGGCGUGGACCACGUGGGGCACACCUUCGGCCCGGCCUCUCAGGCAAUGGAGGACAAGCUCGACCAGAUGAACGCCGCCCUGAGGACGGUCUUCGAGGGCGUUGACGACGAAACCGUCGUGUUCGUGCUUGGCGACCACGGCAUGACGGAGGACGGCAACCACGGCGGUGCAACUCCCGAGGAGACCGGCGCCGCUCUGCUGGUGUGGAGCCGAUCCGGGGAGAGGCUUCUCGGCCCGGGCUUUAAAAAUCGCCGCAACAGCGGGGGGACGCCUUCUAGCAGACGGGAGAAGAACAGCGGUGGCACGGGCGGCGCAUCUUCCGAAACCGUAACUGGUGCUGACGGGGGCUCGACGGACAGGAGGCAGGGAGGGCCCUCCCAGGGUCACGGAGAUGUGGCGGCGGGAGAAGAGGAAGGAAGCGAAGAGGAUCAUUCUGGGCCGGUGCCCGCGGCAAGAAGGGUCGCCCAGAUCGACCUUGUUCCGACCAUCUCUUUGCUCCUGGGAACGCCGAUUCCUUUCGGGAGCCUGGGAGGGGUCAUCCCCGAGGUGUUCGGCGGCGCGUACUUGGACGGCGGGGGGAGCGGGGACGAUGAGCGCGGGCCCCGUUAUCUGGAGCGGUUGUGCGACGCUCUUCUGGUCAACUCUGUGCAGGUGUGGAGAUACCUGAGCGACUACGCCAGCGUGGCGUCGAUGCCGACGAGAGACAUGUUCGACCUCAACGAGCUGCUUCUCGCGGCACGCGAAGCCCACACGGAGUGGAAACGACGGCAGCAGCAAAGAAGUCACGCCAGCAAGGGGGCUCUCGAAGACGACGGCAACGCCUCCGCCUCCAGCGCGAGAGAGCUGCGCCGGGUGUGCGGCAUGUACCGAGAGUUCCUCGACGCCUCGAUCGGGCUCGGGCGAAGCCUGUGGACGCAGUACGACACGUCGCUCAUGUGGUGGGGGCUCGCGGUCCUACUUGUCGCCGCCGCGGCGCUGGCCUUUCGAGCGGUCUCCUCGUCGAUGUCUUCUUCUCCGGCAUCCUCGGGCGAUUCAAGAGCGGCGGCGGUGGGCGCGGCCGCAAGCCUGGCGAUAGCAAUCCUCACAGACCUGGUGUUCGGCUCCUCCGGCCCGCACGUCUUCGCCGCCAAGGUCGCCAUCUGUUCCAGCGUCGGCAUGUGCAUCCACUACGCGCAGGUCGUAGCCUCGGCCGGCAGUUGGACGGCGUCUGGCGCGGCUCCUCCUUCCUCUGGCGGCGCGAGGACGAUGACGGGGACUACUAAAGGAGGCGGUCUUUCCGUUGGCGUCGCCUUUACGGCGGUCCUGUCGGCGCUGUACUGCGCCGGCCUGUUCAGCAACAGCUUCAUUGAGGCGGAGGACGGGCUCCACCGUUUCUUGGGGGCAUCCUCCCUCGUCUCCCUCGCCGUCUUGAUCCUCCUGGUGCCCGCUCCGCCGCCGCCUGCCACACCUGCCGACCUCGACUACGACGACAUAUCAUCAUCGUGGACGGCACGUGCGGUGGUUGAGAACACCGGCAGCAGCAGCAGCAUUGGAUUCGCGAGUCCGAGAUGCGACGACCGGUUGGGGCUGCUGCUGGGGCUCUCCCCCAAGUCCACGGCGGCGCUGUACGCGGCCCUGGCCGCCGCGUGCCUGCGCGCCGCCGCCGCGGUCCAGGACUCGGCGGCGGAGGGAGGGGUUUCCACAGAGGCGGCCUUCGGGGUCUCCCGGUCCCUGCUGCCCCUUCCCGCGCUGUGGUAUCUCUGCCGGCUUGCACGCGGCGGCGGCGGCGGCGGCGGCGACGGUCGUAUGUUGUGGGGGAGUGGGGCGGUUGAUGUGGCCAACACGCGUGGUGCUCCUGCGGCGGUGUCCUUGUCGGGUGGUGUAUUGGGAGCGGCAUCGGGGUGGGCUCGUCGGCGCUGCUCCCACGGGGCGGUGCAAGCCUUGAGCCUCGCGGCCAUCGGCGCAUACUGGGUCAACGAGGUAGUGGCGGCCGCGGCCGCGGAAGCGGGGAAGGAGCACGGCACGGGGGCAGCGGCGGCGGCGGCGGCAACUGGCGGCUUGUCACAAGGUGGAGCGGCGGGAGCGGCGCUCUUUGGCUCGCUGCUGCCUCCCGCGAGGCUUCUUCUGCCGCGGGCGACGUACCUGUUGUGUCUAGCCGGACUGGCGGUGGCGUUGCUGCGCCCGCAUGGGCGGCGGCGGCGGAAGCAGCAAGACCCGGUCCCCCAAAAGGGUGAGGAAGGGAGAACCUGCACGCCGCCUGGGGGGAACGGAUCGUCCUCGUCUUGGUCGUACGCGCAGUCGUUGGCCGGCACGGCGGCGACGGUGGUGUCCCACCUCCUUCCGGUGGUCGUGCUGCUGCUGGGACCGGGGUCGCCCGCCGUCGUGGCCUUCGUGUCGGCGGCGUGCGGCUGCGUGUUGAGGAGCGUCUCCGUUACGGCGGCGGGUAGGACGACCGGCGGCGGCGGCGGCGGCCGCGGCGGUGCGGUUCUUCCACUUGGCGCGGUGGCCGUCUCCUGGUCGGUCGUGGGACGCGCGUUUUUUUUCUUGACGGGGCACCACAACCAGUUCAGCAGGCUUCAGUACUCGGCGGCCUUCGUCGGCUUCGAUGAGUUCGACUUCAAGGUCGGCGGCGUGCUGCUCUUCCUCAACACGUUCGGGACCGAGAUUCUCGCCGCCCUCGCGCUUCCGCUAGCUGCCGCCGCCGCCGCCGCAAGCGGGGUGUCUCAGGACGCCGCCCCGCCAGUGCUGCCCGAGGCUGUCAGCGGUAGUAGUAGGCCGAACGACCGGCAGUCGCUGUCUUCGCCGCCAUCACCUCGGCCGCACUCGGUGGCCGGCCGCUGGGACGGGAACCACCCCGACGACGCCGGCAAUGAUGCUGCGGCGGAGGCGCAGGCGCAGGCGCAGACGCAGGCACAGGCGCAGGAGACCACAAGCAUGCUGUCGGCCAUGGAGCGGCUGUCGGGCCUCACGCUCCUGCUCAGUGCCAUCCGCACCUUCCUGUCCGCCGCCAACGUGUCGGUUCAGCGGGGUCACCUCAUGCUGUGGGCGGUCUUCGCGCCCAAGUUCGUCUUCGACGCCACGAUGCAGGCCGUCUGCGGGGCCGCCGCCGUGCUCGCCUGGGCCGUUGUGGUCGUGGCGCACAGGGCGUACUGCUGUGAAGGGUGGGGGGCGGCGGGGGCGGGGUGUGGGCUGGCGUCGCUGGGGAGGGCAGCGCGUCCUGCCUUGCCGCCUAGAAAAAAGGGGCGGUAG